AAAAUAAACAAUCAGAACCGGGCCUGCCCGAGAACAAAUUUACUUUCUUAUUUUAUUACUCGUGUAAACAUUUUAGAUAGAUAUUAUUGGAUUAUUUACUCGCAACUGUGCCCGUAUAGUGUAUAUCAAUGUUUUUUUUCUUUUCCAAUUUGAGACUUAGUACUUGUCGAAAAGUAUCAAUUUAAUUUUUCUUCGGAAAAUAUCGUGAUUGAUAAAAAAAUGUUGCUUCCGCCGUGUCUGCCGCAGCAAUGUGGGAAGGACUUCAGGAAUUCAUUAAAACAACCUAGUCCAAAUUAUCCGUAUGGGUACAAGACUAAGAAGCCGCGUAUUGUGCCAGCGUUCACCAUUCAGUCGAUGCAGAAGAACACAAUAGUACAACCGCCGCCAAAAUGUAAUAUUUACGAGCCUCAGCCAGCCCGACCGACUAUGUUCAGAAAAUCCUACAAACGAGGGGAGUUCCCAGUUACAAUUGAAUUCACGCUUUCUGGUAAACGGCUUUCGUGGAAGGUGCCAAUAGAAAAACUGGACUUCCAUCACUACUUGCCCAUGUUCUUUGAUGGUCUCGCUGAAGGAAAUUAUCCCUACAGUUUUAUUGUCGAAGAAGGAAUCAAUGAUCUGGUCAAGAAAGGUUCUUACAAAGUUCUGGCGUGCGUGCCUCAGAUUGUGAUUCCAAUUAAACGUGCCCUAGAGACAAAGCGACCCGCAGUAAUUUGUCACGCUCUAAAGUGCAUUCAAAUGAUUGUAACUGGUUGCGACAAAGUGGGAGAAGCCCUGGUCCCAUACUACAGACAGAUACUGCCUACACUCAACCUCUUCAAGGACAGGAAUCGUAACAUCGGUGCUGGUAUUGAUCAUACCUCAAGUCGCGGGGAGAACGUUGCGGAUCUGAUAGAAGACACCCUUCAGAUACUCGAACGCUACGGUGGACCUGAUGCCUUCAUCAAUAUCAAGUAUAUGAUACCUACAUACGAAUCUUGUGUCCUUAAUUAAGAGAUUAUUAUGUUUCUUUUUGGGUUAGACAGAAAUGUAGCUAAGAAAUUAUUGUACAGGUCAAUUUACACACUUCACACAUAUACAAUAACUUGCACUGUAUACUUAAUAUAUUAAAACCAGAUAGAACUGAUAUAGGGCACUAUAAAUUAUUGUCUGGUAUGAUAAUGUAACAAGCGACUCUAAACAAUACUCGUUUGCUGUAAUAUUUUUUUAAAUUAUCUUUAUAUUUAUUUUCUAUAUGUUUGGUACAUUUUAUUAAGGCGAUUUUAAAGAUAAUUACGUAAUUAUAAUAAUUCAAGUUAUUGAUUACACGAGUCAUAUGAGUUAUUUACAAAUUGUUUAAAACAGGUAAGUUAACACAUUUACUUUUAUUAGGAUAUUGAACAUCAAGGAUGGUAAGUACGUAAUGGUUUGAGUUGUACGCAGAGAUGGGCAGUGAGUUAAAAUCCAAUCAACCCGCCCCGGUUUUAACCGGGUUUUAAUCCAUUUCGGCCCAAAAUCGUGAGCGGAAGCAGCGAAUACGAAAUUUUUCUUAUAAUUUCGUACUUCUUACAAAUUUUCUAGACGAUAAAAAGGCAAAUCCAUACAAUACCCACCUUGCAAACCUGUAGGUUCUCACUACUAAGGAUGCACUUUACGAUUUUUAUGAAAAUCGAUUCAAGUCGAUUUGAACGCACUAACAAUUUUUUGUAUCGAUUUAUUUCAAUGCGAUUAUUGAGCGAAUCGAUUGAAUAGAUAGGCGAAUCGUAUCGUCUAAAUCGGAAAGCAAUCAACAUAUUGUAGUAAUAUCAUUAAAUUUGAAUAAAACGCGAUUUACAACAAAUAUUUAGUUGUAAAUAGUUUGUCUUCGAUUUCGGGCAUUAAUGGGUUUUAACCCGAUGUAAACCAAGCGCUAACAAUUGCUCACCUCUGGUUGUACACACGCCAGCGCAUCAAGCUACACAUUGACGUAUCUUGUUCCGUAGCACUGGAGGCGAUUUUCGAAAAAAAAUGUGGAGUCUGAUGUGUACCGUACAUUGUAAUGUCAGAUAGGACAAACGCGUGAAUUAAAUGUAGCGAAGUUUAAACGAAACAUUUUGUAGCCGUGACUGUUCUGCGUGGCUUAAAGAUAGAGAGUCGCCUAACCGCUAUUAAAUUUAAAUGCUACAGGAUCUUUGGCACUGAACAAUGUUUUCAAUUUAAAUCUAUUUACUUUGUUGUCUGCGUAAUCGAAUCUCGGAGAAUGUUCCGUAGUACUUAUUGGUGCUUAAUGUACUUGCAAAUAGUCACGAGUGUUAUAAAUUGUAAUGGUGUCAGGAUAUUGCCUUGUGUGACGCCUUUCGUAGAAUAUA